CAGCAACCAGCCCCGCCCCUCGUGUGCGUCAUCUCCGGGCGACGACAGAACCAAGCUUCGCGCGCCAAGCAGAAGGAGGUUUUUUCUUACUUUUCUGAUAAAAAAAACUUGUCUGAGCGCUGCGGGAAAACGUGUUCAUGAUGGACAUCAGGCGGUUCUUUGCACCGACAUCCGCUAAACCGGCGGUGCAGAAACCAGCCUCGAAUGAAAAUGUCAAACCCGAGAAGAAGAAGAAGAAGAGUCCUCUGUCUUCAGACGAGGAGGUGAAGAAUAAAAAGAAACAAACCACCAAGGCCAAAAGCCCCAAAGCAGAAGAGCAACACAAGGAUGGAGGGAAAAAGCGAAAGAAGCAUGCAAUCAUAGAGUCAGACUCGGAGGAGGAGGAGGUGCCCGUGAGCAAGUCAAAGAAAUCUCCCAAAGAGAAAGUGAAGACCAAGAAGGCAGAGCCGCCUCCCAAGAAAGACCCGGUGCAGUACGUCUCUGAAACAGACUCGGACAGCGACACCUUUCAGAGCCUGAAGAAAGUCUCCAAACCCAACCAGAGGAGCGGCUCCAAAACGUCAAAGUCAGAUGCGGAGAGUCCUCGGUCGGCACCCAGAGGAGGAGUGAAGUCUCCUCCCAAGCCUUCUGCUACUCAGGGGGGGAAAACUGGGUUAAAGUCUCCUCCUCUGCCUGCCACCCCUAAGUCAGCACCACCUCCUCCCCAGCCCAAACAAACCCCCACCUCAGUGCUGGACUACUUUGGCGAAGGGACCGUUCAGCGGUCAGACAAGAAACUGGUGGCCAGCACCAAACGAAAGGCUCCAACUCAAGACACAGACGACCUGAUAAGUGAUGAAGAACUUGCAAGACAGCUGCAGCUGGAGGAGGAGAUGGAGCUGGAAAAACAGGUGCACGAAGAUGAGGAAUUCGCAAAAACACUGGCGAUGCUGAACGAGGAGCCACAGGCCAAGAAGGCUCGUAAAGGCUCUGAUGAAAGACCGGGCCAAACCGUAACUCCCAAGAAGGGCAGAGCGAAUGCUGCCGGCAGCACGAGCAGCCCUUCAAAGCCCGGCCGGAGCGCGUCGGAGGCCGCGAUCAGCCCGUCUCCCAAGAAGAACGCCAGCCCCGUCAAAGCCAGCUCCAAACUGGCCCUGAUGAAGAGAAAAGACGAGCUGAAGGACGAAGAGUCGAAGAGCAAAGUGACGAAAAACAAAAUCUCCCCUAAAAAGGAGCCGCGUGAUUCUGCGAUCUCAGACGUGAAGUUCACGCCUAAAGCGGGAACUACCCCCACUGCACUUAAAAUCUCCCCCAAGAAACCUGAGAGCACUAGUACGAGUCCUGAGGACAUGGAGAAGAAGAAAGCCAACACCUCAGCUUACAGGAACUACCUCAACAGAGAUGGACCACGAGCUCUGGGCUCCAAGGAAAUCCCCACGGGGGCGGAGAACUGUCUGGAGGGCUGCGUGUUUGUGUUGACGGGCGUCCUGGAGUCGAUCGAGAGAGACGACGCCAAGUCUCUCAUCGAGCGCUACGGAGGCAAGGUGACGGGAAACGUCAGCAAGAAGACCACCUACCUGGUGCUGGGCAGAGACAGCGGCGCCUCGAAGCUCGAGAAGGCGGAGAGUUUCGGUACAAAGAUCCUGGAUGAAGAUGCUCUAUUGGAGCUGAUCAGAACCAAACCAGGAAAGAAGUCAAAGUAUGAGAUCGCUGCAGAAGCCGAGAGCAAAGCCCCAAAGAGCAGGACUCCCUCCACCCAGACGUCAAAGACCACCCCCAAGUCCCAGAAGAUCUCCCCCUCUAAGGGGAACUCCAGGUCCCCUCAGACCCCGAGCCCGUCAAAGACCGGCCUGGCACAAGGCCACGGCUCCAGGACGUCAGAUGCCAGCACCCCGUCUGGGAGAGGGUCGCGUCACACUGCCCGGCGAGAGCUGGGUCUCUCCUCCACCUCCUCUUCCUCCUCCUCCUCCACGUCGACCCCGGCCCCAUCGUCGUCAGAGGAGGGCGCCAGCACGCUGUGGGUGGACAAGUACCGGCCGCGCUCCCUGAAGACCGUGAUCGGCCAGCAGGGCGACCAGAGCUGCGCCAACAAGCUGAUUCGAUGGUUGCAGAACUGGCACAGAAACCACGGCGGCGGCAGCGCCAGCAAACCAGCAGCAGCGAAGUUUGGUAAGUUUGGAGGCAAAGACGAUGGAUCGGGUCACAAAGCCGCUCUGCUCUCCGGACCUCCUGGCGUGGGGAAGACCACCACAGCUGUGCUGGUCUGUGAGGAGCUGGGCUUCAGCUACGUGGAGAUGAACGCCAGCUGCACUCGUAGCAAAAACAGCCUGAAGGAAGUGGUUGCAGAGUCACUGAACAAUACCAGCAUCGAGAACUUCUACAAAGGAACGUCUUCGACCGUGAGCAGUAAACACGUUCUCAUCAUGGAUGAGAUCGACGGCAUGGCUGGAAACGAGGACCGUGGAGGAAUCCAGGAGAUGAUCAACCUCAUCAAAACCUCGAAGGUUCCCAUCAUCUGCAUGUGCAACGACCGCAACCACCAGAAGAUCAGGUCUCUGGCCAACUACUGCUUCGACCUGCGCUUCCAGAGGCCACGGGUGGAACAGAUCAAGGGAGCCAUGAUGUCUAUCGCUUUCAAAGAGGGAAUCAAGAUCCCGCCCCCAGCUCUGAAUGAAAUCAUUUUAGCUUCCAAUCAGGACGUCCGACAGGUGAUCCACAACCUGAGCAUGUGGUCGGCCAAAGACAAGGUGAUGACGUACGACCAGUGCAAGGCGGACGCAGCCAGCGCCCGCAAGGACAUGAAGCUGGGCCCGUUUGACGUCUGCAGGAAGGUGUUCGCCUCGGGGGACGAGACGUCCCACAUGAGCCUCAUCGACAAGUCCGACCUCUUCUUCCACGACUACUCGCUGGCGCCGCUGUUCGUGCAGGAGAACUACCUGCACGUCCGUCCUGCCGCUGCUGGCGGGGACAUGAAGGCCCACCUGGUGCUGCUGAGCAAGGCGGCGGACUCCAUCUCUCAGGGCGACAUGGUCGACAGACGGAUCCGCUCAGGGCAGAACUGGUCUCUGCUGCCCACCCAGGCCAUCUACGCCAGUGUGAUCCCAGGCGAGCUCAUGAGAGGCUACAUGUCUCAGUUCCCGGUCUUCCCCAGCUGGCUCGGCAAGAACUCCUCCACCAGUAAACACUCCCGCAUCGUUCAGGAGCUGGCCUCGCACAUGAGUCUCAAGACCAUGAGCAGCAGGCAGGCGGUGAACCUGGACUACCUGUUCUACCUGCGACAGGCGCUGCUGAGUCCUCUCCAGAAACACGGCGCUGAGGGCGCGGCUCAGGCUGUGAAGCUGCUGGACGACUACCAGCUGGUCAAGGAGGACGUGGACAGCAUCAUGGAGAUCAGCGUCUGGGGGGGACAGGCCGACCCCUACUCCAAACUGGAUUCCAAGGUGAAGGCGGCUUUCACCCGUUUGUACAACAAAGAGGUUCAUCUGACGCCGUACUCCCUCCAAGCCGUGAAGAAGGGGCGUCGCGGUGGCGGCGGGGGGGAGUCGGAGUUGGGAGGAGAGGACGGCGGCCAGGACGGCGGCCAGGAGUCUGAGGAGGAAGGGGACGGCCUCAAAGCCGACGCUAUGAUCAAGCAGAAAAAGGCCAAAACCACAAAGGAGUCGACUAAGCAGAAGAAGGAAGAAUCUGGGAAAGGCAAAGGCAAAGGGAAAGGAAAGGGAAAGAAAUGAGGACGGACUCAUUAGGAAACUUUUGUGUGCACUUACAUGGAUCCAUUCAUGAGCGUGUAGAGAAACUGGUCAGCAGGUCACUCAUCUGUCCUCUUUCUUUUUGUUUAACAGUCUGUGUCUCUUUACUGAACAAUGAUGCUGAUAUUGUCUGCUCUGUCUCUGUCUGCCAUCAUCAUCAUCAUGUCAGUCCACGUCUCACGAGGAGCAGCAGCGGUAGUCGUAGUGUUGUUCCUUCAGUCGUUUCACAGUGUUGAGGAUGUAAAUAGCGCUGACGUAGAAGACUGUUACUUUUUACUACAGCGAUGCCUUUGCUCUACGGUUAGAACCGAGGAUCUGUCUCUUGUAAAUUGCAAUUUUGUAAAGGAAAAAAAAAAUGUCAUGAGGUGUAAUAGAGAAAUAUGUUGCUCAUGA